CCCCGCGGAACCCCCCCCCGUGACUUCCCGGGAUCUCCCCCCGCCCCCAGGUAAGAACGACACGUUCGGGGAGCCGCUGCACCUCCACGCGCGCCCGGGGAAGUCUCGGGCGGACGUGCGGGCACUGACCUACUGCGACCUGCACAAGAUCCUGCGCGAGGACCUGCUCGAGGUGCUCGACAUGUACCCCGAGUUCUCCGACCGCUUCUGGGGCACCCUCGAGAUCACCUUCAACCUGCGCGACACCAACAUGAUCCCCGGCUCCCCGGGCAGUGACGAGCUGGACGGCGGCUUCUCCCGGCUCCGGCGCCGCAAACUGUCCUUCCGCCGGCGCCCCGAGAAAGACGCCCCCAGCCCCGAGAAGCCCCGGGCGCUGCGGGAGGGCAAUGGGGGGGGUCAGGCCCCCGGCGCCCCCCGAGGCCCGGCCGAGUGGGACCCCCCCAGCCCCUCCAGCUGCGGCUCCAGCGAUGAGGAGGAGCCCCCCGCGCCCCCCCCGGGGGCCACCGCGCUGUCCCCCUUCCGCAGUGCCCCCCCGGCCCCCCCCGAGCCCGAGGAGCGCGAGGGCAGCGACAUGUGCAACCCCCUCUCAGGCGCCUUCUCGGGGGUCUCCAACAUCUUCAGUUUUUGGGGUGACACCCGGGCCCGCCAGUACCAGGAGCUCCCCCGUUGUUCCCACGGGGCCCCCCCAAAUCCCACCCCGUCCUUGACCCGCCGCCAGCGCUCCGACCUGGAAUCCCGCUUGGAUCUGCUCCAAAAACAGCUCAACAGGCUGGAAUCCAGGCUGAGCACGGACAUCUCGUCCAUCGUGCACCUGCUGCAGCGCCAGGUGUUGGUGCCCCCCGCCUACAGCACCGUGACCUCCCCCCACCAGCCCCCCCCGGGGCCGCUGCAGCCCCCCCUGCCCAUCACCCCCCUCCGGCCGCUCGCUCAGGUCCCGCACCCCCCGCGUGCCCCGGACCCCCCCGACGUGGUGCUGCUGCUGGAGCCGCCCCCCCCGCGGCGCCGUUCGCUGCCCGGGGCGCUGCCCCCCCCCGCGGGGACCCCCCCGGGGACCCCCCCGCUCCAGAGACAUUGCUCCGACCCCGGCAGCUAAUGGGAGCGCCGGGGCACGGCGGGACCCCGGAGCCACGGGACCCCCGACCCCGGAGAGUGGCACCCCCGGAGCCCUCGGACCCCAGGACCUGGGACCCCUGGAGUCCUCGGGCCCCGGCACAUGAGACCCCCAAAGCCCAGGACGUGGGACCCCCGGAGCCACGGGACCCCCAGAUUCCGGAAUGUGGGACCCCCAGAGCCGGCACCCCUGGACACCAUGGCCUGGGACCCCUGGAGUCACAGGAUCCCUGACCCUGGAACGUGGGACCCCCGGAACCCUGGAGCCCUGGGACCCCUGGCCCUGGAACGUGGGACCUCCACAGUCCUCAGACCCCCACACCCUGGGACCUGGGACCCCUGGAAGUCCCGGACCCUGGCAUGUGGGAUCCAUGGAGCCACAGGACCCCUGACCCCAGCAUGUGGGACCCCCAACGCCCAGGACGUGGGACAUCCAGAGCCCUGAGACCCCCGACCCUGGAAUGUGGGACCCCCACACCCUGGGACAUGGAACUCCCCUAUCCCGGGAGCUGGGACCCCCGGAGCCGUGGGGACAUGGGACUUCUGGAGCCAAGGGACCCCCGGAGCCCCCACCCCUGGGCCCUGCCCUGCCGGGGGGCUCCGGCCGCUGCCCCCCACGGACACUCCCCCCAGUGCUGGCAGGGGGGGCUCGCACCGCGGGGACCCCCCCAAUCCAGCCUCCCCCGGGGUCCCCCUGCCCCGGACUCUGCUGCUCUUCCUGCUCCUCCUUCCAGAGCCCCCCGGGACCCUCCCGGGCUGGCGGGGGGGGUGUGCACAGGCGUGUCCCCGUGUCCUGUCCCCAGGACGUCACGUGUGUGUCGGGGGUCCCGCCGUGCCGGGACACGUGUGUCACCCCCCAUUCAUGUGUGUGUGUGUGUGUCCCUGCCAUGUGC